GCCGCGCGCUCCACCAGUGCCGCUCCACGCCAGUCGGGCCGCUGCGGCCGUGGGGGACGGAUGGGUGUCCUGCUGUCUCAUCGUCCUUUCGCUGCCGCUGCUGCUGCGCCCAACGCCGGGCCCUCGCCCUCACCCCACCCGCCUCUCCUCUAGUUCCUGCCCUGAACGGUCCCGCCGCCUCUCCUCUCCUCUCCCCUCGGUGCCGGACGGCCGACCUAGGUUGGAGCUCGCUGACGCAGACUGUCUCCAUGCAUCCCCGCUGCCCGGGAAGUGGAGUUCUCUAAUGGAUGACUUUUCUACGAACACAUUCAAGGCUGGCAGAAUGAAGCUGUGCGUGGUUUUUCAGUUUGUGCUUUUGACCCUCUCAUUAUCGGCUUGUGAUCUGGCCUUGGCUCUGAAUCACGAUCCGUGUGGUUCCAUUUCUGCCAAGGUCUUGGUUGCUCAUGUUGGUUCGAGCCACAAUAUAACCUGCUCCUUUUGCAAAGAAGGAACCGCUGAUAAGGUCCAAUGGAAAUAUGGUGGCAAUGAGCUUCCAAGCAGCCAAAUCAUUAAGAUCGGCUCCAAUGCUAGCAUGGCGAUGCUGAUCAACCUUGCCCUGACCAGCAGCAAGGGGGAGAAUUUGACGUGCAUGACGGAAGAGGAGUCUUACACUGUGUUAAUUCAAACAGGAUAUCCUCCAGAUGCCCCUCGAGAUAUGAAGUGCGUAACUCAGAACUUUACUAAACUCAACUGUUCAUGGGACCGUGGGAGAGACACAAAUAUAGAAACCAACUACAUUUGCUGUUGCCAUUUUCUUUCCAGGUCAACAAACUGCACACGAGUGGGGCAGGUUAACUUUAUUGAAUCCGAAUUUCUACUAUUUAAUGAUAGAAUAUUACAAAUAACUGCCACUAAUGAACUGGGCACCCAGACAUCACAAAAACUCACCGUGAAGGAAAGUGAUAUAGCGUUUGUACCUUACACGCCGAAACUCAAGAGGGUAUUUAAAGAUCCGUCCAAUUCCCAGAUGAUGCAGGUGGAAUGGUUUGAAGGAGGAGACACUUACGGAAUAGAUUUAAAAAUGAUUUUCCAAAUCCAAGUUCUCCUGGCAUAUGACAUGCAAGAGGUCUGGAUGGGAAACCACAGUGAAACCUUGAACUAUACCCAUAAUCGGGUGUUGCAUACGACUUGGACAUCAGAUAUGCCUCUCAAGUGCACAUCCUACUUAGUGAGGAUACGUUCCAUUGGCAAUGAUGAGAAGACCCUCUUCAUGGGUAGAAAAGCAUGGAGUGAAUGGAGCUCACCAUUAAAACUUGAAGGCCAGGAUGUGUCUAAUGAAACCUCCUUUAAAAUCUACCCAGUGGAGGGAACUGUUCUGGAAGCUGGUUCCAAUCCGGCGUUUUGUUGUGUAGCUGGGAAAGGAGAACAUGCGGAGGCGUUGACUUUUGACAACUUAACGUCAUUCAUCAAAUUAAGUGACAGGAGCCUGGCCAUCAGAGUGCCGAAUGUCUCUCCGUCGAUAGAAUCUGGAACAAAUGUCGUUUGCAAGAUGUCCGGGGGAAAAUAUGAUGGAGCAGUUAUAUUUAUUGGCUAUCCGCCUGAUGCACCAAAAAAUGUCAGCUGUGAAACGCGGGAUUUACAAACGUUAAACUGCACAUGGGACCCAGGAAGGUCAACUAGGCUGGUCUCAAAGCGUAGGACAAUCUAUCAUCUCAACACUGGGUCACAGAACUCUUUGCUAUGUAAGGAAGCUUCUCGGGUGUAUCCAGAUUACUGGUGUGCUUACCCCAUUUCAAACAUCAGUGGUAAAACCAAUAUAACAAUACAUGGGAAAAACCCGCUGGGGGAAGCCGAGUCCAGCAUAACUGUUUACGUGACCCGUGUCUUUCGCCCUUUUGCUCCUUAUGAAUGGAAACGGGAAGAGGUAACAAGAGACAGUGUCACUGUGUCCUGGUCAGAUCGAGUGGAUUACACAGGCAUUGACUUGGAUUGUGAGAUUGUGAUCCACGAUAAUCUUGGGAAAACUAUGACACUUAAUCGGUCAGUGACCGGAAAACGAAUGAAUCAACGGCACACAAUGACGUUAACUGAUUUAAGGCCCAACACAGAGUAUUCUAUCAGAGCUCGAUAUUCAUCCGUACUUUUUUGGAAGUGGAGUAAAUGGAGCGACGUUGCACAUGCCAAAACUAAGAUUGCUCCUCCAUCGGUGAAGCUGGAUGUCUGGAGAACAGUGAUGCCAAACCGAACUGUGACCACUUACUGGAAGCCACUAUCAGCUUUGGAAGCCAAUGGUCCAGUUUUAUUCUACAAUGUAACUUGGACAAAAGUGGGAAAUGGUUCAAUAAAUAGCAAUGUUGAACAUGGAACUGAUGUCCAGAUUCAUCUUGACCGCGCUGGUUACGUAAUCACCAUCGUGGCUCAAAACGCUGCUGGAGUAUCCCCCCCAUCUGUGAUCAAAAUCCCUCCCCAGCAAGACGAUGAAAACCUGGGCAUUGAGAGAUCCACUGGUGUUGGUGAUGGAAUCAAUGUGACUUGGCGAGGUCAUCUGGCUGACAACUGUGGCUACACCGUGCAGUGGUGCAGGUUGCUCAGCCUACCCAUGUGUAAGGUGGAUUGGAGUAAAUUUCCUCCAGAUACAACCAGUGCUACAAUAAAAUCAGAUGCCUUCCAAGUUGGGGUGCGCUACAGCCUUGAAGUAUUCGAGUGCAGGAGCGAUGGAGACCACCUGCUCAAGAAGCUAAUCGGGUACACACGUGAACUAGCCCCAGCUGAAGGUCCUCAGGUGGAGGUUAACCAAACCAGCGUGGAGUCGGUACAGAUCGAGUGGAAAGACAUUCCCGUGGAGAAGCAGCGAGGAUUCGUUGAAGGAUUCAAGAUUUAUUACAGCACGCUCUACAACGACUCAGCAGCCAGCAAGCCAGUGACCGCAGUGAAUCAGCAGGCAAAGAUUGUGCUCCGCCCUGACCAGCGGGCAUUCAAGAUCCUGGGCCUGGAAGCAGGAACCACGUACAACGUUGGAGUGAGAGCCUUUACCAAAGGAGGGGACGGCCCCAGUAACAUGGUCACUGUGACCACACCAAACAGCCCCAUUGCCCUGAUCCUGGGGAUUACCUUGCCUCUGAUUGGAUUUGUAGUUCUCGGAGUCGUGUUCAGUAUCUUCUGCUAUCAAAAGCAAGAGUGGAUCAAAGACACGUUUUAUCCUGAUAUCCCUGAUCCAACUAACAGCAAAGUUCUACAGAAUGGAAGCUUUGAUCAGGUGGUCAACUUGUGCAAAACUCUGGAGCCAAAAGAUUGCACGCCCAAUGAAGUGCAAGUGGUGGAGGACAAACAGCGGAGAGCGGAGGGGAAUAAAUACAUCAUCACCAAUCAACAGGGCGAGGACAACUCUGACAAUGAGCUGCAGGAAGGAGGCGUCAUCUCGUACAGGCCGAGCAGCACAUCUGUUGAGACGGCGGGCGAGCCAAACCCAGCGUUCGAGGCAGUAGCUCCCCUGGUGCCGUGCGUCUACCCCAGUGAGGUGACGUACACGAGUAUCCGAGGCCCUGGGCCCGCUCAUCAGGACAGGGCAGGGGCGGUACAGCUGGAGGACGGGAUGGAGGUGAUCGUCAAGUCAGGAUACCAGCCCCAGGUUCACGUAGCCACCAACCCAGUGCUGGACAGGGAGCAGCUGGACCCUGCGCCUCACGUCAACGGCUACCAGCCCCAGAUGCACAAGAAGUCGUGGAGCCUCGACUCUGGGAACCUGCCCACGCUGGAGCCAGAGUCUAUCGGCAGCCCAACCUCCAUCAACUCCCAGGCUUUCCUGCUGCCAGAGAUGUUUGGAGAGGAACUGAAGGUCGGUGGCAGCAAAACGUGGUCACUUCCCUUCUUCAACGCCAGAACCUCCUCAAACCCGUACAGCGACGACAAUCUCAGCUGAAGUGCGGAUGGGGAGAGGGAAGGCAUGGAAGUUGAGCAGCCCAGCUCCAAACCCUCAUUAAUCUUUGCUCCUGCCCUUAACCUUAGCACAGAAAGCCUGCUGGAGGACUACAUUUCACUGAUUUCAUAGCUGCAUUCGCCUCCUUCCACACUUCCCAAGGGCUUUAAGUGGAUGGAGGAAUGAUUUGCAAGAAGCAUUUCUGACCGAGUCUCCAACCACCAGCACCAGGCCUCAGGAGGAUUCCUGUUUGCACCACGGUUUGAGUGACUCUAAACACCUUCUCCAUUGUUCCCGUUCAAUAUUGCUUGCUGCUGUCAGGCUGGGAUCAUCCUUCUCCAAGACUUCACAUUGACUAAAUCUAGGCCGAAUGCUCAGAGCUCAGGAAAGUGGAGUGACUGAUGUUUGCUUUCUGUAGAAGGUGUGAGACUGUCUACGGGAAUUGUGACAAGAUGGGUUUGUGGCAGCUCUGAUCCUUGCAUGCAGUGUUGGUCUGCUGCAGUAACUGACUGUGUGAACCUGCAGGAAAUGGCAAAUGGAACUGAACUGAACAUCAAGCCUCCACUUCCCCAGGAAGAGGCAGCUGGACUCCGCACACUCCUGGAUGGGAAGUCAAGUCUUUUGUAGCUUAAAUAUUCAGGUUUACAACUGCUUGUAUUUCUGAGAAUCUGACAGAAUUAUCCUGCUGAUUGAGCCAAUGUGUCGAACCUGUGUCACCUUAACCCUGCUCCGAUUCCAUUUAUCAAAAGCUAAGUGGUCGAUAUGCCACUGGUGUGAGCGGAUGCAGAUCAUCUAUGGCCAUUUUAAAUAUCGUCUGCUUCUGGCGUGCAACCAAGUCUGCGCGUUCUGCACCUGAUGUGUCACCUUACAAUCAGCUCGUCUGAAGCAUGAUUAUACUUCAUCUCCUGCCUUUGCUAGGGGAAAAUUCAACCACUUUCAAUCCGUUUGGCUACCUCUUUGACUUACCACAAAACCAACGCUGGGAAUACCCGAUGUAGAAGCUCCGCACAUUACCCUGGAGAAUAGGGAGUGUGAAAUGCUGUGCCAGACUGACGUUUAGGAGUGGGCGUGCAUUGCGUAAAAUAUCAGCAGUUGCAGAGAUGACUACACCCGGAGGCAGUACUAUUUAUCCAGUCCAUUCACAUCAUGGCUACAAGUAUUAGAUGUUAGCUUGAUUGCUCAACCACCUGUAACUCAAUGCAUUUAUAUAGUUAGAUUUCAAUUAAAUAAUGAGGGCGGGAGGGGAAGAAUGUCAUUCUAUAGUUCCAAGAUAUUUUAGGAGCAAGUCUGCUUCCAGAAUCUAGCUCACCACAGCUGUACUUAGUCUCACUGCCCCAUCAGGGCUUGGACAGCCUACCUGUGGCAACCAUCUGUGAGGCAAAGGACACAUUUACCCACUGAGCUACCGGAAUCACAUUAGCUUCUUCUCAUGUCCAUCGUGUUACAAAUGUUGACCUCGCUGGUCCUGACAUUAGCGGGUAUUUAGUAUUGAGGAUAACGUUGAACCUAAUCAGAUGAAGCCUUUGCAUUCCACCAGAGAUUUGCAAAUUGGUUCCAAAGUUGGCUUGUGGCAGAAAGCAUAGGGCAGUGGUCAGCAGGUGGAUGUUGUAGAAUUGACAGAGUGGGACGUGAUUGAGACAGAAGUGUAGGUGACCUGAUAAUGAAAAAUGCAUUAAAUCCAAAAGCUACGUUGAUAGUGCGGAGGGAGGCAAGUUGCAGUCAGACUAGUCACAGACACAGUGCUGGAGUAAGCCAGUGGGUCAGGCAGCAUCGCGAUGCAUUUAUAUCUGCUAUGUUUCGGCUCCGAACCCUUCUUCAGCCAUGGCAGCUGGGCAGAGAAGUGGCAAAUGGACUUCAGUCUGGGAAGUAUGGCAAUGGACAGCAAAUAAGAUAAAUAAAUCCAUAAAUCCUAAGUUUAGGUCACUGCGCAUUAAGGAUGGUGGAAAGAUAAACUACAACAGCCAGAGGGUGAGGGAUUUCAGCACCUUGGACUGAGGUAUCCAGAACGACUGGUUUAUACAGAGCUGUUCUCAUGAGUGGACAAUUCAAGGACCAGGCACACACCCGAUUUUUGUUGUAUUCAGGUUCAGUCUAAAGAGCUCAUUGUGGACAAAUUCUACAGUAAUUCCUGAUUCCACAAAAUAGAUAAUACACUAUUGUGCAUACUCCCACAUUGGUACAUACAUGGUGACCAGUCCUCAAAAACUAGAUGUUCCUGUCAGUGAGCAGGUUCGUCUCCAUUUGUAACGUUAACUUUAAAUAAAGUUAGAAACUUACACCAGGACCCUUACUGUUGCUGCAGCAAUCAUUCAAUUGAGUUUAGACACCAAAUGCUGGAGUAACUCAGCAGGUCAGGCAGCAUCUCUGGAGGAAAGGAAUAGGUGACAUUUUGGGUCAAAACUGAGUUUUCUAUUUACCACCAGUUGAUUGGAAGCUACAAUUAAUCAUAGCACGAGUAAGUCUGAAUAUAAAUUAUCUUUUAACAUGGUCCUCUGGAAGUCAACCCAAAAUAGUUUGAGAAAAUGUCUAAGCUUCUCCCCAUAUUGCAUAGAAAAUUGCCUGAGUCUAACAACCUGGUUCUUUGAUUCCCUUCAUGUAUAAGUUUCUGUUACUGAAGGUUCACGUGUGUCCCACAAAACUGCUGCCCAACUCUUGGUUAAAGUGAUUGUCCCCUUAAAAUGAGAGUCCUUUGAUAUUCAAUUCCUAUUUGGGUCAGGAAUAAACAUUGACAACACUUGUAAAUACCUCUUCCCACAUCAGCAUUAAUCUGAUAGAUUUAAAUCAUUAACACAGGCAUGUUUUUUUAUCCACACCUAGGCAUCUCUGGUUAAAUUGAAAAUUGUUUAAAAAUAUUAAUAACUGAGGAAUUUCAAUCAAAGGGCUUUACUUUAAGAUUACCUGUCGUCACAAUAUUUUUUUGUUACUGGAUGGAAAAAUGCUGAAGGAUCUGGAAGGGCUAACAUUGAAGGAAAAAUGGUCCCAAUGUUGGGCGAGUCCUGAACCAAGGGCCAGUCUCAGAAUAAAGGGGAGGUCAUUUAAGACUGAGGUGAGAAAAAACAUUUUCAAUUAGAGAGUUGUGAAUUUGUGGAAUUCCCUGUCACAGAGGGCAGUGGAGGCCAAAUCACUGGAUGGAUUUAAGAGUUAGAUAGAGCUUGAGGGGCUAUUGGAAUCAAGGGAUAUGGGGAGAAGGCAGGCACAGGUUAUUGAUUGGGGACGAUCAGCCAUGAUCACAAUGAAUGGCGGUGUUGGCUUGAAGGGCCGAAUGGCCUCCUGCACCUAUUUUCUAUUUAAAACCUAGUGUACGUUGUACAUACCCUUGAACCCACUCACCAUUGACUAAGAUAGGAUUGAACUGCUUGUUUAAUGAUUGAGAAUCUUGUUGACCAUUUUAAAAUGUCAGAUUAAAUUAGCAGGCAAUUGCGCAUCUGUUGUUGCCGUUGCAUUUUUAAAUGUUCCCAGCUGUGUAUGUGGGAUGAAGAUGUAAAACACAGGCCACAGCAAUGAGCAUCCUGCAUAAAGGCAAAACAGGGUUAGUGAAUCACUCCUGCUGCCAUCACCCUAUAUCUAGUUAUGCCUAAAAGGAGGGAGAUUGAGAAAUUUUGUGAAGGCACCUUACCACCUAGGUCUUGGACAAACCUUUGUUUAAAUCAAGAAUUGUGUAUUUACAGCUGUGGGUCUAGAUCCGUAUUCUUGCUUUCAUACCUCAUCAAGUGGUCAAGGUCUUGGCCACCACAACUAUUGACGGGGAUGAACCAGUCAGCAUUUAUGGCACCCUGAAUUUAUAACACUACAACUGAGGCUUAAAUUCAAGUAAUAUAACAUUUUAUUCCCAGAAUUGUUUUUAAAUAAAAGGUUGAAUUGUUGCA